UAUCCAGUUUUUAAUCUAUUUUAUUUUAUUUUUGAACUUUUUAGGGUUUUAGCUCACCCACUUUGUCCACGUGUCCAAAACCCAAUUUCCCUCUUACUCAUUUUUUGACAACUAUAUAAACCAAAGUUUCACAAUGAAAAUAAGUUCGUCAUUUCAUAUAACAAUGGCACCUAAUACUAAUAAGUUUCAUAUUUGUUCAUAUACUAAAACAUUAUGUUAUAUUGCAUCAAUUUUAGUAUUUGGAUUUUUUGGUUCAGUGACUAGCCAAAUUAGGCCUGGUUCAAACUUGGUAGCUAAGGAAAACAAAGCAUGGAUCUCUGAGAAUGGAACUUUUGCAUUUGGGUUCACUCCUAUGUAUACAAAUGAUCAAUUGCAGCUUGGUAUUUGGUAUAAUCAAGUUCCUGGAGAAAGAAUUUUGGUUUGGUCUGCUAAUAGAGACAAUCUCGCCACCAAAAACGCGGUGCUGAGCUUCGACAACACCGGAAACCUCGUCCUCCGUGACGGCCGAGCCACCUUAUGGUCAUCCAACACUUCAAGGGCAGGAGUUGAAGCAGCUGUAAUGUCAGAAAGUGGCAACUUUAUCCUGUAUGAUAAAGUUGAGGAACCUGUGUUUCAGACUUUUUCUUAUCCUUCUGAUACUUUAUUACCUGGUCAACCUUUGAAUGUAUCAAUGGAGCUUACAUCUUCUAAGAAGUCACCUUCUCAUGGAGGUUACUACACCUUAAAAAUGCUCCAACAACCAACUUCUCUUAGCCUAGCAUUAAGUUAUAACUUACCUGAUGCACCUGAUGACACACUGUCGAAUUAUUCGUAUUGGGCCGGCCCUGAUAUAUCGAAUUCCACGGGUGAUGUAGUGGCAAUGCUAGAUGAGAAGGGGAGUUUUGGGGUGGUGUAUGGUCCAGGGUCAGCUAAUGGUGCAGUGUACGUGUACAAAAAUGACCGCGACAGUGAUGGAUUAUUGUACAAUAAGUCGUUGACACCGUCUACACGUGCAACGUCUCUAAGGCGGUUAGUGUUAGAGGUAAACGGGAAUUUGAGGUUGUAUAGGUGGGAUAACGACGUUAAUGGGUCACGCCAGUGGGUGUCCGAAUGGGCAGCCGUGACUAGCUCGUGUGACAUAGCUGGAAUAUGUGGGAAUGGUGUGUGCGUCCUAGAUAGGACUAAGGCGAAUUCGUCUUGCUCUUGCUUGCCUGGGACUGUAAGGGUAGGGGAGGAUGAUGAUAGGUGUUUUGAGAACUCUACAUUGACCGGAAAAUGCAAUGGGAAACACGAAAACCUUACUAAAGAGUUCAAGAUAAUCGCGGUCCAACAAACAAACUAUCACUUCUCAGAGGAAUCUGUGAUAGCUAACUAUAGUGACAUCCCUAAAGUUUCAAAGUGUGGAGAUGCUUGCUUAGAUAAUUGUGAGUGUGUUGCUUCAGUGUAUGGGUUGAAUGAGGAAAAGCCUUAUUGUUGGGUGUUAAGAAGGUUGGAUUACGGAGGAUUUCAAGACCCGAGUUCAACUCUUUUUGUUAAGGUCUUAGGGAAUGAAUCGGAUUGGGAUGGAUCGUCGAGAAAAGAAGGUGACUCAAGAGGGGAUGAUAGAAGUGCUCAUGAGAAGGCUUUGGUCAUUCCCAUUGUAUUGAGUAUGGGGGUGUUAAUAGGGUUGUUAUGUCUUUUGUUGUACUAUAAUGUUCAUAGGAAGAGAUUAUUGACGCGAGCAAUGGAGAGCUCGUUGAUCUUCUCGGGUGCUCCUAUUAGUUUCAGCUACCGAGAUUUGCAGCAUUGCACUUCUAACUUUUCCCAGCUAUUAGGAAGAGGUGGGUUUGGAACUGUAUACAAAGGAAGCCUAGGAGAUGGGACUUACAUUGCAGUGAAGAAGCUUGACAAAAUUUUGCCCCAUGGAGAGCGCGAAUUUAUCACUGAAGUCAAUACAAUUGGCUCAAUGCAUCACAUGAACUUGGUCCGUCUUUGUGGCUAUUGCUCCGAGGGUUCACGCAGGUUGUUGGUUUAUGAAUUCAUGAAAAAUGGAUCAUUGGACAAAUGGAUCUUUGCUCCAAACUAUAAUCGAGACAAAGUACUCGAUUGGCCUACACGUUAUAAUGUAGCCUUAGGCACGGCUCAAGGGAUAGCUUACUUCCACGAACAAUGUAGGAACCGAAUAAUUCAUUGUGACAUCAAGCCAGAAAACAUCUUAUUAGAUGAAAACUUCUGCCCUAAAGUUUCAGAUUUUGGAUUAGCUAAACUGAUGGGAAGAGAACACUCACAUGUUGUUACCAUGGUUCGAGGUACACGAGGAUACUUGGCUCCUGAAUGGAUUAGUAAUCGCCCCAUAACCGUUAAGGCAGAUGUUUAUAGCUAUGGAAUGCUAUUAUUAGAAAUUAUUGGAGGAAGGAGGAACCUUGACAUGUCUUAUGAUGCAGAAGAUUUCUUUUACCCUGGAUGGGCUUUUACGGAGAUGGUAAAUGAACAAGCGAUCAAAGUCGUGGAUAAGCGACUAGGAGUAGCCGUCGAUGAGGAAGAAGUUACAAGGGCUCUCAAGAUAGCAUUUUGGUGUGUGCAAGAUGAAGUAUCAGUGAGACCUUCAAUGGGAGAAGUUGUAAAAAUGUUUGAAGGCACAAUGGAAGUCAAUAUGCCUCCAAUGCCACAAAACAUUUUGGAGUUGAUUGAAGAAGGUUUAGAUAAUGUAUACAAAGCUAUGAAAAGAGAAAAUGAUGAUCAUACAAGUACUUUUACAAUUAACACAAACCCGUCAUCUCGUGCUACAUGUAGUUAUUCCACUGUGUCACCUCGAUGAUAAAAGCCAAUUUUGUUGUAUUAAUUAAUUAAGUCAAUUUUAGGAUUUUUUAAAGUAACAUUGUUCCCAUAAAAUGUAGUACGGAGUAAUUGUUAAUUUUUCUACAAAAUAUUUCUUGUUCAAUAUUUUUUCUCCC